AUGGCCAUUCAAGCAAAAUGGACCAAAGUUGUCGAGGCAGAGAUCUUACAACGAUCUUCCCAGAUAGUCUCCGUCGUUGACAAACAGAUCUACAUCUUUGGCGGGGAGCUGCGGCCACGAGAACCCAGAGACAAUGACGUUCACCUUGUCUCACUUGGAAAUCCUGCAACCCUGUCCGCCAAACCCUCAACCGAGCAAUCCCCCUCACCACGAGUAGGAACCGCAUCAGCAACCCUCAAUGGCAAAAUCUACCUAUUCUCCGGACGCGGAGGCACAGCAAUGGCACCGAUAGAAGAAAGCGGCGCAGUGUGGGUAUUCGAUCCCAGCGCCGACAAAUGGUCACUCCUAGCACCAUCCGAGGCAAACCCUGGCUCCAUCCCAGCAGCGCGCAGCUACCACUGCACAGCCAGCGACGGCCAAGACACCGUGUUCAUCCACGCAGGCUGUCCGGAGAACGGCCGUCUCUCCGAUCUCUGGGCGUUCAGUGUUUCCCGGAAGCAAUGGACGGAACUUGCUCCGGCGCCGGAUCCACCGCGCGGUGGGACGUCUAUUGCAUUUGCUGGGGGUAGACUGUAUCGGAUGAAUGGAUUUGAUGGGAAGCAGGAGCAGGGCGGUAGAGUAGAUGUCUAUGAGCCUGGAACCAAUGUGUGGAGCUCGCACUCGUUCGUUUCGGACAGUGUGACUGGGCCGUCGCCGCGGAGUGUGGCAGCUUUGCUUCCUGUCGUUCUUUCUGGUCGUGUGUACUUGGUUACCCUGUUUGGUGAGCGGGAUCCUAGUUCCUUGGGACAUCAGGGUGCGGGGAAGAUGCUGGGUGAUGUGUGGGUGUUUGAUAUUGAGACCAAGUUGUGGACGAAAGUUGAGGGUCAGGGAGAUGAGCGUCCUGCUCCUCGGGGUUGGUUUGAUGCGGAUGUGUUUGAUGCUGGCAGUAUUGUGGUUCACGGAGGACUGGGAGAAUCGAAUGAUCGGCUGGGUGACCUCUGGACUCUCGAGUUUUUCUAG